AUGGCUGAGCAGCGGGCACCCCCGGGGGCGGCCGGGCACGGCCGGGAAGUUCGCGGCGGGGGGACGGCGGCGGGCGGCAGGAAGAGGAGCAGCAGCAGCCGCCCCAGCUGGUGUCUCCGGCUCCUGCUGCUGCUGUGGGCGGAGGCUCCGGUGCUGCCCGCCCGGGGCCAGCCCCAGCAGUACAACGGCGAGCGGGGCAUCUCCAUCCCGGACCACGGCUAUUGCCAGCCCAUCUCCAUCCCGCUGUGCACGGACAUCGCCUACAACCAGACCAUCAUGCCCAACCUGCUGGGCCACACCAACCAGGAGGACGCGGGGCUGGAGGUGCACCAGUUCUACCCGCUCGUCAAGGUGCAGUGCUCGGCCGAGCUCAAGUUCUUCCUGUGCUCCAUGUACGCGCCCGUGUGCACGGUGCUGGAGCAGGCGCUGCCGCCCUGCCGCUCCCUGUGCGAGCGGGCGCGCCUGGGCUGCGAGGCGCUCAUGAACAAGUUCGGCUUCCAGUGGCCCGACACGCUGCGCUGCGAGAAGUUCCCGGUGCACGGCGCGGGCGAGCUGUGCGUGGGGCAGAACACGUCCGAGCGGGGCACCCCCACGCCCUCGCUGCUGCCCGAGCUCUGGACCAGCAACCCUCAGCAGCGCGGCGCGGGGCCGGCGGGCGGCGAGCGGGGCGGCCGCUUCGCCUGCCCGCGGGCGCUCAAGGUGCCCUCCUACCUGAACUACCGCUUCCUCGGGGAGAAGGACUGCGGCGCCCCCUGCGAGCCCGGCCGCCUCUACGGGCUCAUGUACUUCGGGCCCGAGGAGCUGCGCUUCUCCCGCACCUGGAUCGGCAUCUGGUCGGUGCUGUGCUGCGCCUCCACCCUCUUCACCGUGCUCACCUACCUGGUGGACAUGAAGCGCUUCAGUUACCCGGAGCGGCCCAUCAUCUUCCUGUCGGGCUGCUACACCGCCGUGGCCGUGGCCUACAUCGCCGGCUUCCUGCUGGAGGAGCGGGUGGUCUGCAACGAGCGCUUCGCCGAGGACGGCGCCCGCACGGUGGCGCAGGGCACCAAGCGGGAGGGCUGCACCAUCCUCUUCAUGAUGCUCUACUUCUUCGGCAUGGCCAGCUCCAUUUGGUGGGUCAUCCUCUCCCUCACGUGGUUCCUGGCCGCCGGCAUGAAGUGGGGCCACGAGGCCAUCGAGGCCAACUCGCAGUACUUCCACCUGGCCGCCUGGGCCGUGCCCGCCAUCAAGACCAUCACCAUCCUGGCCCUGGGGCAGGUAGACGGCGACGUGCUCAGUGGCGUCUGCUUCGUGGGCAUCAACAACGUGGACGCCCUGCGGGGCUUCGUGCUGGCCCCCUUGUUCGUGUACCUGUUCAUUGGCACUUCCUUCCUGCUGGCCGGCUUCGUCUCCCUCUUCAGGAUCAGGACCAUCAUGAAGCACGAUGGCACCAAGACAGAGAAGCUGGAGAAGCUGAUGGUGAGGAUAGGGGUCUUCAGUGUCCUCUACACGGUGCCUGCCACUAUAGUCAUUGCCUGCUAUUUUUACGAGCAAGCCUUUAGGGAACAGUGGGAAAGAAGCUGGGUCGCCCAGAGCUGUAAGAGCUAUGCCAUCCCCUGCCCCAAUAACCACAGCAGCCACCACCAUCCACCCAUGAGCCCUGACUUCACUGUCUUCAUGAUCAAAUAUCUCAUGACCUUAAUCGUGGGCAUCACCUCAGGCUUCUGGAUCUGGUCGGGGAAAACACUCAAUUCCUGGAGGAAGUUCUAUACCAGGCUUACCAACAGCAAGCAAGGGGAAACCACAGUAUGAAACCCAACCCAGCCAGGCCAAGGGACACCCACCAUCCCAACCAGAGAGGGUGGGUGAGGGACCAAACUCCACUGUGUGCCCACAAUCCCAAUCAGGGAGGGGGGGAGAGGCUGCUGCACAUCCACUCUUGGCAAACUUUCCAGACUGCUAGCCAUUUCUCCAGCCUGCAGGGAAGUGAGAGAAAUGAGGCGGGUGAGGAAACUCCUGAGAUGGAACAGUGUUUGCCUGCUGUGGGGAGUGAACAUUAUGUGUGACUGGGGGAAAGGGUUGUAAAUAGCCUCUGUAAGAUUUUGUAAGUAUAUUUGUAUUUGUAAAUUACAAAGAUCUCUGACCUUUUUUAUUUUUAGGACAUUUUAACUCAUUUGCAGAUUUUCCCCACUGUUUUUAACAGGCAUUGGAUUUUAUUUUUCAUUUUAGUACAGGAAGGGAAAAUAAAAGCAACCAAAACAAACCACUCUUUUCAUCCCAGCACAGGUUUUGUAAUGGUUUUGCUUGGAGUUCAGUUGGAUGAACAGCAUGGCCUGGAUUGAGGCUGCUGUAAUGCCCUAAGGUUCCUCCUGACACAGGUUGGGUCCUGAUCCCAGCAAGCCUACAAGAUAGGUGGGAAUGGGGAGGGGCACAGACACCUGACUUGAUCCCUUCCCCAUAUACCUGAUGGAUAACAGGGGAGUCUUGCUGUCUGCAUCCUGAGGGGAUGGAGGAGCCGGCAGCAUUACCUCACUUCUGUGCACUCCGCCAUGGAUGGUGGAGGGGAAGAUGGUCUGACCACUGCUGUUCAAUACUAGACAUGUCUAGUCUGUGCCAUAUAUACCCAGGGAGAUCUUAUUCCUGCUACCU